GGUAAGACCCUAGUCCAAUUGAACUAGAAAGAGUCCAAUCUUGAUGAGUGAAGAGAAGCUCGACCCUUUCCAAAAUAAAGGAUAAAUUGCAAGUAACCCAAAGAAAAUGUGAAGACACGAGGAGUACGGACUGAUGCAAAAUGCAAAGAUAUAAAUAGGAAGUUGGUUUCUUUGGCCUUUCUUUGUCCCUCUCUACCUCCAUCCAUACAUCCACAGCCCCAUAAUAUCUCUCUCUCGCUCUCUCUCUCUGUAUAUAUAUAUUUGUAUGUCUUAGAGAUCAGUGAAUCCCAUUUUUAAUUUUUUAGACCAUUGUAGAGGAUGAGAUAAUUAGUACUCUCCCUUGAUAGGAAACCAUUUCACAUUAAAUAUAUCAUUCCAUGUAUAACCCUCAUUGAAACUAAAACACCCCCUUUAAAAGAGAAAAAAAAAAAAAAAAAACUCAAGAUCAAGCCUCUUUUGCCCAUUUUCUCACCUGGGUAUCUCUCAGACCUGCAAGAAAUUCAACAAAAACAGUAAAACACCACUCUCCAAUGGUUUCCUUUGGCCAAUUGAGCAAAUGGGUACUGAUUUCUUUGAUUUUUCUUCAAUUCGUUGAUGGGUUCUAUCUUCCUGGUAGUUUUCCCCACAAAUACAAUGUGGGUGAUCAACUAUCUGUCAAAGUGAAUUCAUUGUCAUCAAUUGAAACUGAAAUCCCCUAUGCAUACUAUAGCAUGCCAUACUGUAAGCCUUUGGAGGGUAUCAAAGACAGUGCAGAGAACCUUGGAGAGCUUCUAAUGGGAGACAGAAUCGAAAACUCUCCGUUUCGGUUCAAGAUGUAUAGCAAUGAGAGUGAGAUCAUGUUGUGCAAUUCGCAUCCUUUAUCAGCUGAUGAAUUCAAGGUUUUGAAAGAAAGGAUUGAUGAAUUGUAUCAGGUUAAUGUGAAUCUUGAUAACCUGCCAGCUAUUCGAUAUAUGAAGAAAGAGAGUUUUUUUCUCCGUUGGACCGGUUAUCCAAUUGGGAUCAAGGUUGAAGAUAUCUAUUAUGUGUUCAACCAUUUGAAAUUCAAAGUUUUGGUUCACAAGUGUGAGGAGACCAGCAUGGCUGGUGUCAUUGGGGUCGGUGAUGGGGCUGAAUUGAUCUUCACAGGGGAGAAUUCAACUAGUGAUUCAAAAGGUUACAUGGUUGUCGGGUUUGAAGUUGUUCCUUGCAGCUAUCAACACAAACCUGAGUCAGUCAAGAACCUUAAAAUGUAUGAUAAGUACCCUUCUCCAAUCCAAUGUGACCCGGUCACAGUGGCAAUGCCAAUCAAGGAAGGCCAGACUAUAACAUUCAGCUAUGAGGUCUCUUUUGUGGAGAGUGAUAUCAAAUGGUCUUUGAGAUGGGAUGCUUAUUUGAAAAUGGAAGGUUCUAGAGUUCACUGGUUUUCGAUUCUCAAUUCUCUAAUGGUUAUCAUUUUUCUCGCGGGGAUAGUUCUUGUGAUCUUCUUCAGGACAAUCCGGCGUGACUUGGCUCAUUAUGAAGAGCUUGACAGGGAGACCUUAGCUCAGAUGAAUGAGGAAUUAUCGGGAUGGAAGCUUGUGAUUGGUGAUGUUUUUCGUGCUCCAACCAAUCCGGAGUUUCUCUGCAUAAUGGUUGGAGAUGGAUUUCGGAUUCUCGGAAUGGCAUUUGAGACGAUUUUCUUUGCUGCACUUGGAUUCAUGUCCCCAGCUUCUCGUGGCGCCCUUCUUUCAGGCAUGCUUUUCUUCUACACCAUGUUUGGUGUCAUGGCUGGUUACAUUGCUGUUUGGCUUCUGAGGACAAUCACAAGUGGUGAUUCCAAUAAUUGGUUUUCUAUUGCUUGGAGAGUCUCAUAUUUCUUUCCUGGAGUUGCUUUUCUCAUACUAACAACUCUGAAUUUCCUACUGUGGGGAAGUCACAGCACUGGGGCAAUCCCAUUCACUACAUUUCUAAUCCUGCUUUUACUCUGGUUUGGCAUAUCAGUCCCCCUCACCCUCAUCGGUGGAUUUGUGGCGAGUAAAGCCCCUUAUCUCUCAUACCCAAUUCGAACCAAUCAAAUUCCUCGUGAAAUCCCUUCUCAAAGAUUCCCCUCUUGGGUUUUGGUCCUUGGAGCCGGGACUCUACCAUUUGGAACCCUUUUCAUCGAGCUCUUCUUCAUCAUGUCAAGCAUAUGGCUUGGUCGUGCUUACUAUGUUUUCGGGUUCCUCUUUGUUGUUUUGAUCCUUUUGGCGGUGGUUUGCGCCGAGGUGUCUCUAGUCAUUACUUAUAUGCACCUUUGUGUCGAAGAUUGGAGGUGGUGGUGGAAGUCUUUCUUUGCAUCUGGUUCAGUUGCUCUCUACAUCUUCUUGUACUCUAUUAACUAUCUAGUGUUCGAUCUCAAAAGCCUCAGCGGGACAGUUUCUGCAAUUCUAUACAUGGGUUAUUCUCUGUUCAUAGCUAUAGCAAUCAUGCUCGCAACAGGCGCUGUUGGAUUCCUCUCUUCUUUCUUGUUCGUUCAUCGCCUUUUUUCUUCAGUAAAGAUAGAUUGAAGGCUUAGGCACAACAGGAAGCUCUCGUUCCAUAUCAGUAAUGAUCAUCUAUAGAGAAGUGAAUAUCACAAUUCUAGCAAAUGUAUUGUUAGCUAAAUUUGUUCGGUAUCUAUAUUUUUCUCGGGCGCUUGAUAGAGGUAGUAGUCCAUCAAAUUUUGGUUAUUAGAGUAUUUAAUUGAUGUUAGAUGUUUUUGUUUGGCUUUUUGCUUAAUAGUAGCCAUGAGAAUACAAAGAGACAUCUCUUGUAUGCUCAUAUUCUAGUUCUUGAUUGAAAGCAGCUCUACCUGAAUGUUAGUAGACAAAAAUGGGGAGGUCUCAAUUUGGAUUGCUUGUUUCCAGGGAAAACAGCAAUUGAGAAAAUGACUCUAUGACUGGACUGGAAUAUGGUGUUAGCCCAAUUGUUUUCUGUCUUCCUUUUUCGUGUUUUCAGAAACAAAAACUUUGAAAAAUACAUAAACACCCAUUUUUUCAUAUUGCUUACAUAUUUUUUUGUGCAAGAAUGGUUUUCUUAGACUUCAAAAGCAACUUUUCUUGCCAAACAAAAUUUUCAGGGAAAUGAAAACAAAAACCAGACAUGAGCACGGAUAGACAAAUGGAGAAGCCAAAAUAACCUUCAACUAGGGAUUCUGAUCAAUGAAAACCUUUUGCAUAGAGGAAAACUCAAUUGAGCUCACAAGAAGCAUCCCUUUCCUUCCAUAUGUGUGCUUUCAAUCUUUGAGACUACUUGAGACAUGGAGUUUCAAAAGCAUUGAACACAUAAAUUCACAAACUCCAUAAUCCACAACCCACAUAACCCAAUUAUCCAAUCAAAUGAAUCAUCAUCACCAUUCACCAGAAAUGCCCAAAAAAUACUUAUAUUGUAUGUAUAUAUAAAUUAGGAGUGGUUACAUAAGGAUUCAAACAGAUCAAUCACAUUUCAGACAAUACAUUACCUACCAAUCUAGUUUAACCUAAACAUCAAACCUUCAACAAACAAAAAAUAAAAAU